GAGGACUUGUAACAAUAACAACCAAACAUUAUUUCUCCCUAAUCCUAAGUCCUCAAACUAAGGUUGUGGCUUUACUCCAGAACACAAAAUCACAAGGAAAAUGUACCAAAACUAUGAGAUGUUGUACAAAAUACAAGAAUUCUGAUUCCGGGCGCGAAUUUAAGCAGGAAAAGAGAGGGGGUUUUCGAGUUGCUGGUCGAUAUGGAUGAGAGCGUAGUCGAUAAUGGAAGAACAAUUGGGUCAGUGAAAGCAGCCAUUAACAAGUAUGGAGGAGGGAAGAUUAAUCAAGUUACUUAUACAACUACUAACAAGUCUCUGAAUGAUGCAUCCAACUUUGAGAAAAGGACUUCAAAGGCUAAAGAACUUCAUGUUGCAAAGAAUAGAAUCAACCAAAUCAAUGAAAACAGGAUAGUGGCCGAGUCAGAAAUAUACCAAGCUGAGUUUGAACUACUCAAGGCGAAAAAGUUAGCAAGGGAGCUCGCGUUGCAGAUAGACACGUCAAAGGCAAGGGCUAAAGAGUUUCAAAAGGGAGAGGGGGUUGAGGAACAGCCUGCUCAACAGGAAACUGAUCACUACGAAGACGUGGCGAGAGAAGUUGAAGUAGUGAAGCGGGAACUCAGCAAGAUUAAGCUUGAGAUUGAACGUGCAGUAGAAGAGAAAUUCCGAGCAGAGAAAGAAGCAGAUACUGCUGAUGCAAGACUCAAGUCUUACACUCGAACUGCUGAAAAAUUGAGGAGGGAGAUUGAAGAAGCUAAUGAAGAAGAGGUACUGGUUGAGCUAGCACAAAUUCAGGCACGGAAAGAAAAUGCAGAGAUUGAAGCUCAGAAGAAACAAGAAGAGGAAAGGUAUUCACUUUUAAUUGAAGAAACUAGAAAGAAGAUUAGUGUUUUGAAGGAUGAGAUUGGGAAAAUGAAAUAUCUUGAGAAUAUAUUACAACUUACCAAUUCAGAGGUUGAUGUAUUGCAAAAUGAGCUGAAUAUGAUUAAGGAAAUGGACAGUAAUUUUCAUAGAAGUGAAAGCUUGAAGAACUCUGCUUUGCAGUCGGUCAUGGAAGAUGUGGAGGCAGCAAGGAAAGAAUUGGAGGUUAUCCAAGCAGAAGGGUUUCAAGUUAUGGGUAGUAUGGAUAUAAUAAGAAUUGAGCUCAUAAACAUGUCAAGGGAAAGGAGCAAAAUCGAGAAAAUGGAAGCAGAAACUGAAAAUUUUGUAAAGAAGUUAAACUCAAAACUUCUUAGAGCGAAAGACAAGUUAGAAGUUGCCAGGGCAUCUGAGGAAAAGGCGAAAUCAAUAAUACCGUCUCUCUCCCUUGCUUUAGAGAACUUGAAAAGAGAAAAGGAGGCGGCGAAGAAAGAGGAGGAGCAAUUGAAAAGGGAGACAGACAACUUCAAGGCUGAGACUCAGAAAAUUGAGUCUGAAAAUAAUACAAAUGAAGAGAGACUAGAAUCUGUAAUUGAACAACUUGAAGAAGUCAAAACUUCAGAAGCAAAUGCUUUUGAGAAACUGCAAACUCUUGUGGAAAGUACAGUGACAUCAAGGGCUUCCAAGACAAAAUCUACUAUUACAAUAUCAAAAUUUGAGUAUGAAUAUUUAACUGGAAGUGCGGCCAGAGCUCGAGAAAUUGCUGACAAGAAAGUAUCAGCGGCCCAUGCAUGGGUAGAAGCAUUAAAGGCCAGUGAGAGAGAGAUUAAGAUAAAAACUGGUCUAGCAGAGAGGGAAAUUGGAGAACUGAAGCUAGAAGAAGUAAAGAGGAUAAAAGAAUCAACAAAUAUGGCAGAGGAGCUGCAGCAAGAGAGACAACUAAAGAACAAGAGCUUUCAGGAGAAGAGAUCGACAAGAGAACAUGAGUAUACCUCAACACCAGUAAGGCAAGCAAAGUUCAGGAGAUCUUUCAACUCUCCGGCUACAAGACGUAUGAGCACUUCAACUUCUUUAUCUGUCAAAAGGAGGAAAAAUGCAAUGCUCAAAGUUGCUAAAUAUUUUGCUAAUGAACACACUCAGAAUCAAAACUCAGUCCCCUUGAAGGAAGACUCUGACAAUUAAUCAGCUUCUCUGAUAUUUAUUUAUUCCAUAGAAUCACAUUCAAGUGCAAACCUGGUUCUUCAGAGUGUAUUUCUUUUUGGAGAUUUUGUAAUGAGUACAUAAUGUAACUUAGUUAAGUAGGAUUAUGAAUAUUCAUGUAAAUAUACGUUGAGGUUGAGGGUACCUUCCAAAUUUUUGAUUCUUCAUGAAA